GCGAAAGUGCAACUUGUCGAACCUUUGGAGAAGAAAACAGCAACAUCUCCCCGUAGCGCGGAGGGAGGGCGAGAGAGAGGCUGGCUCAGGUGCUUCUCACUGGGGCGCCCAAGAUGGCCUGCUUCUUCCCCAGCGUCUCCCUAGAAACCUGGAUGCUGAUCGUGGUCUUUCUGUCCCUCUUUAUGCUCUAUGGGAUCUGGCCGUACAAUUUAUUUAAAAAAAUCGGGGUUCCUGGGCCGAUGCCUUUGCCUUUCAUUGGGACCCUUCACGGAUACCGGCAUGGCAUUCUGGAGUUCGACCAGAGGUGUUCUCGGAAGUAUGGUAAAAUCUGGGGAAUUUUUGAUGGCCGGCAGCCAGUGAUGGCUAUUCUGGAUCUUACCAUGAUCAAAACCAUCCUGGUGAAAGAGUUCUACACCUGUUUCACCAACCGCCGGAACUUUGGUUUGAAUGGAGAACUGGACACAGCCCUCACCGUCAUCGCCGAUGAACAUUGGAAAAGGAUCCGGACAGUCUUGUCUCCCACCUUUACCAGUGGAAGGCUGAAGCAGAUGUUGCCCAUCAUCAACCAUUAUGGGCAGAUGUUGGUGAAGAACAUCCAGAAGAAAAUGGACAAUGAUGAGCUCAUCAGCACAAAAGAGAUCUUUGGCGCCUACAGCAUGGAUGUGGUCGCCAGCACUUCAUUCAGCGUUGACAUUGAUUCCCUGAACAAGCCCAAUGACCCCUUUGUUCUGAACGUCAAGAAGUUUCUCAAGUUUAACCUAUUAAAUCCAUUCCUUCUCCUGAGUGUUAUCUUCCCAUUCUUCAUACCCAUGCUGGAAAAGCUAAGAAUCGGCCUAGUUCCCAAUUCCGUAAUAAACUACUUCAUUGGCGUAGUCAAAAAAAUCAAGGAGGACCGGCAAAGGAAUGAUCAUGUGAACCGAGUUGACUUCAUGCAGCUGAUGAUAGACGCCCAAAUUUCAGGCAACACCUCUGAUGGAGAGAAUUCAUAUAAAGCUCUGACCGACAAGGAGAUUUUAACCCAGGCCAUACUGUUCAUUUUGGCUGGUUACGAGACCACCGGUUCCUCCCUCAGUUUCUUGUCUUACUGCCUGGCUACCCACCCAGAUGUUCAGCACAGGCUGCAGGAGGAGAUUGAUGAAGUUCUUCCCAACCAGGCCACGCCCACGUAUGAUGCUGUCCUGCAGAUGGAAUAUCUCGACAUGGUGGUGAACGAAACUCUUAGACUGUACCCCCCGGGCGGGCGGCUUGAACGGGCUUGCAAAAAAACCGUGGAGAUUAAUGGAGUGACUAUCCCAAAAGGAACUGUGGCCGUAAUCCCAGUUUACGUCCUGCACCGUGAUCCAGGAUACUGGCCAGAACCAGAAGAGUUCAGACCUGAGAGGUUCAGCAAAGAGAACCGGGAAGUCCUGGACCCCUACACCUUCCUGCCCUUCGGAGCGGGCCCCAGGAACUGCAUUGCAAUGCGUUUCGCGCUCUUGGUCUUGAAAGUGGGUGUGGUGGUCCUGCUGCAACGGUUUUCCUUCCGCGUCUGCAAAGAGACACCGAUCCCACUGGAACUGGACACCAAGCUCUUCAUGCAGCCCAAGAAACCGAUCAAGCUGAAGGUUGCCCCCAGAGCUGUUCAUGAAGUCAAGGAAUAAAGGAACCAAUUAAGAGGCUGCCGCCACUCUCUUCCCACACCUUUUCGGCACACAGGACUAGUAACUUGAGUGAACGGAACUGAAGACUGCAAGUGGAAGAUGACAUUAAAGGUCAUGGAAAAAUUUCCUGAAAGUAAAUAGCCAGCACAGUGGGCAAAGGCUUGAUCUCUAGACCAAGGCUCUCCAGCUGGUUUUGGACUACAACUCCCAUACUCCCCAGCCACAGUGGCCCAUUGCCAGGGAUUAUGGGAGUUGUAGGCCAACAUCUGCAGGAGGGCCAGUUGAUCUGAUCUAGAACCUUUCACCCCAUUAGCUCUCUAUUUACAAGGAAAGCGAUGGGCUGUUUUAAUGUGAAGGAGCAUUCAAAGCAGUACUGGCCAUUUCAGCAUUCUGCUUCAUGUGUUAAAAUACAGUCUUGAUUAAGCUAACUCUUAUUGUUGUAGCUCUUAUGGGAUCUGAGCACCUCCAUCUUAAAGCAUUUCUUCCCUCACCGCUUCUGAGAGACAGGAGUGAGUGGAAGGCAAAUGGAGAUUGGCUUGACCGAAAUCCAAAUUGGAAAUAAGACAGCCAAUGUCGCCUUUCUUUUCUAAGGGUCUCAACAGGCAAUGUUUGAUGCAUGUGCCAAGUCGUUGCAAGGAUCCAGAUGUUUUCCCUACAGGGACCUUUUCACACAGGGCUUUUAGUUCGCAUCUCCUCCGGAAUAGAAGUGUGUGUUGGCCAAAUUUGAGCCAGCGUGGUGUAGUGGUUAGAGUGCUGGACUAGGGCCAGGGAGACCCGACUUCAAAUCCCCCUUCAGCCAUGAGACUUGCUGGGUGACUCUGGGCCAGUCACUUCUCUCUCAGCCAGUUGUUGUUGUGACAAGAAACUUAAGUAUGGAAUACACUGCUCUGGGCUUCUUGGAGGAAGAGCGGGAUAUAAAAUGUUUUAUAUAUAUCCCUGCAAGCCAUCAGAAAGCACUUCACGCACGAAUCGGGUUUUUCAUAGCGUGUUAAGAGUGUAGCCUGGUUUAUAACCUGGGUUUUUAAAAAAUCCACUUUUUUCAUUGGUUUUGGGAGGCAACUUUGAACUCACAGUAAAGCCUGCUGUCUGAAAACACUCUUGAGCGCUUUCUAGACUAGCUGCUCAUCAGCAGCAAAAUGCCUCCAUUCGGGCAAGUCGCAUUCGGAACGUAAACAGCAGGGGGAGCCGUCUCGCGGGAACUAACAACCCCAAAAAACAGCAACUUUUUUUCACGCCGGAUAUAUGAUGUCAUUGCUCUAUAUUGCAGCUGCAAUUAAAUUCGAAACAUUGGCAAUGUGAACGGCACCCUGCUCUCCGUGUAGGGACUGCGGUGUCACGAUGCGGGAAGUGUGGAAGCACACUUCCGAGAUACGUUGUGACCCCGUUGCAGGGUCUAAUCUGGAAAGCGCCUUGGUCACACCCUGAUGCUGUUUUCCUAGAAGCCAGACUGCAUUUGGCAGUUUCUGGUUACAUCUGACAGUUGCUGUACUGUGGCCCCUGUUAAAGGUACUGCAGAGUAGUGUUAAGUGCAAAGUUCCCCCCUGGAGAUGCACAUGCUGUCCUCACAUUGGGAAUUUACAGUUUCCCUGGAGGGAUGCUACAAAGGGAUUGCUCCUGCUAUGAUAAAGAUGCGUAGGUGGGUUUCCUGUUCUGUUUGCACUAAGCCACUCUCAAAGGCUAGCCGCAGGAUCCAGGCAAAGUUUAAAAAGUCUUAAGGAUACAUCUAGACAAAAAGUGUCUCCUGCGUCACCCAUGUGGAGGGUGUGUGAUUCAACAUAGGGGUGCAGUGCUGAGAGAGGGUUAACCCUUCCCCCCUGUGCCAUUUUUUUCUGAUGCAAAUUGCUUCUCAGCACAGUGACGUUUAAAACCAUAACAUCUUUCCUCAAAAUCUGACCCAAGUCUACUUUGACCCUCAGUCCCUUUGAUUUCAAGGGCAGCAUUAAGGAUAUUCAUAAUUAAAUGAGGCUUGGAAUUAAGCUAUAUGUUGCACUAACCAUGUAAUUUGUACCUGUUGUGACUGUCUUGAGGGAAUAUCCCUAAAUCUUAAAGUUUUAAAUGAGAUUUUUUAAUGGAAUUUUGUUGUGUUUUAACUUUUGUAAACGACCUUGGGAUGCUUUAUCAAAGGUGGUAUAAAAACUGAACAACAAA